GCAAUUCCAGUAAGACUUUCCCAUAUGAGGAAGUCUGCGCUCUGCAGACUGCGGCAAUUCCCGCACCAUUUCUCGAUUUGGAUUACAUGAUACCAAUCGUCAAUAAUUGAAGUGCUCUGCUCGUACUGAAUCAAACUGGGCUUCUUGGGCUAGAAUAGAAUAAACCUCCGUCUUUUUUUCCCCCCAGGAUGUUUGUCGUCCUUCUUAUUAUUGUAGGAAACAUCGCCACUUCAGCAGCUCUCUCUGGACUCAAUCUCGAUUGCAUCAAUGACUAUGAAUAUUUGAUGUCUUGUCACUUUGACGCUCCAAACUGCACUGACUACAAUGUGACUCUGAGGAGCCUAGAUGGGUAUGGUGAGCCCUACUGUCUUCCCGUGGGUUGUGCAAGCGGAAAAUGCUGCUGCUCCAUCCAUAUGAUUCUUGUCUUCGAUGAGAACCAUGCGGCAUUUGUCUAUAAAGAUGGCAAAUAUGUAGAGUCCAAAAACAUAAGCGUGAAAUACAGCUUCAAACCCCAAACUCCAACCAUCGUUGCAGUAAAUGAGACCAACGGGAAUUUUCAAGUAAUUUGGAGGACAAACAUCAAGAAACGCCAUAUAAGAGAAAUAUUACAGACACACCUGUAUUACCACAAAAAAGGAGAAACGCAAGAGAUGUCCAAAGUAUUCCAAGCACCACAGGUGGAGAAGCCAGAGUGCGCCUUGUGUUUUACCACUGAAAUACUUGGUGCACACUUGGAGCCAAGUACAACUUAUGUUGUCACAGUUCAGAAUUUGCUACCUUGGGAAAGCAAGCCGAGCGACCGCAGCGAGGAGUAUGAAUUUACAACUUCAGCGUCACGUAAGAGCCUCCAACUGAUUCUGAUCAUCAGCCUCAGUCUGCUCGCCGUUACAAUCACCAGUGCGGCGUACGUCUGCUACGUGAAGUGUAAAGCCAAGUAUUGGGACUCAGUCAGCGAUCAAAAUUCCAAACUUCUCAAAAUACAUCCGACUAAGGAAGAGAUUUUAAAGCCUAUGCCCCCCAUCAUCUCAUCAAUUUCUGUGGAGACCCUCACCCCGGGUGACCUCAAACCAUGGUCAAAGGGCUCCCUAAUGGACAGCAGCACAGAGAGUCUCCUUCAAAGUAGUGGCUUCAGUAGCGGCCAGCCUUCUCUCACUUACGCUUUCACGGAGCCUGCAGACAUCAUUGCGGGUGUUCAAGGGGCGCUCAGCAAAGCCUUGAUGAACAUCGUCCCGGUAGCAGCUUCAACCGACCAUCUUCUGAAAGAGUCCAGCAAAGCUGCUCUCCCAAGUCAGAGUGGGCAACUUUCUGAAUUGGAAAAUACAGUAACCUACUCCUUUAUCAGGCCUAGCUGUCCAGUUCAGGUAACGCCUGACCCUUUGAAGAGUCAUGCUCAGUCUGAAAUGCUGUGCGAUUGUGGAUACCAAGGCAGAGGCGCCGGGACGACCUGUGAUGACAAGCAAGGAUCAGCUUGUGAAGAAAACAUGUUCCCGACCACAGUGUCUUCCCAAACACUGACCGCCACGUCUCACCAAGCUAACAGAGACUCUGGAAGGUUUUCAAUCGGUGAGAACUCAGAUCCAUCCCUCAGCUGCAGCAACACAAGCCUCUUUGGAGAUGUUGAAUCCAGAAUGGUAGCAGGACAUGAGCACUGCCAAGUAAUGUUUAGUCAGGCUUGCAACAAAGGGGCGGAUGCCACCAAAGAUCUUCUCUGCCUAUCUGCAAGCUUACAAAGCACUUUUCCAGUGGAUGAUAACUACCAAGCCUUUCAGGGCUUAAGCAAGCUCUCUGAUAGUCAUUUGGAAGACCAGAAAAGCCUUAAAAAACAAGACUUAAACAAGGCUUGUGAAAAUUUCUCAGAAGAUUCCAUUAAAGGCGAUACCUGCUUCCCAGCUCAGUCUAAUCACAGUUUUCUGGUCGAUGACAACUACCAAGCAUUUCAAAGUUUAAGGGAGCUCUCUGAUAGUCGGUUUGAAGGGCAGAACAAUGAUAAAAAUCAAGACUUGGAUCAUCAGGUUUUAGAAAAUUGCUUGGAAGAUACCAAUGAAGACGGCACACCCUUAAGCUCAAAGCUCUGUCUGACUGACAGAGACGAAGCAUUCCAGGGUUUACCUUUUCUCUCUGAUGGGCAAUUUGGAGCACUGAAAACCAUUGGAAAACGACACGAGUCCUUAGAAAAUGUCACUAAUAGCUUUCCUUGUCUUGUUGAUGACAACCACCUCAUGUUUCAGGAUUUAAGAGCACUUCCUCAAAGCCAGUUUGAAGAGAAGAAAAGUGGGAAACAAAACCAAGACAACGUUUUUGAAAAAUCUGUAGAAGAUGACAAUCAAGGCCAUACCUGCGUCCCUCCAAGCUCAAACCACAGUUUUCCAGUAGAUGACAACUACCAAGUGUUUCGUGGCGUAAGGGAGCUCGCUGAUAGUCCGUUUGGGCAGCCGAGCAUUGGCAGCAAAGAAGACUUGAAGAAGACUUCAGAAAAUUCUUUUGAAGGUGUUUGUCUAAGCAAAACAUACACCCCGACACAAUCAACCCCCGGCUUUCCUGUGGAUGAUAACUACAAAGACUUUCGUGGUUUCAGGGAUGAUCAGGUUGAAAGGAAAAGUGUUGAAAAGGAGAACCUGGUGAAGGAUGUAGAAAAUACUUUUAAAGAUUCUACUGUCAACCUUCAAGGGAUUCUCCCAGUGGAUGACAACUACCAAGUGUGUCAACGUUUAAGGCAGCUCCCAGAUAGUCACGUCGGGGAGCAGGACGAUGAAAACAAAGAUUCAGAGAAAUCUUUGCAAGACUCAUAGGAAGAAGUCACGAAAAGCAUUACCUGCAUCCCUGUGGUCGCAAAUCUGAACGUUCCCAUAGAUGAUAACUACCAAGCUUUUUAUGGAUUAAGGCAAAACUUUGAUAAUAAAGUUGGAGAGCCAAAGGGUGGUGACGUUUUAGAAACUCCAUUAAAAGGGGUUCAAUGCUGCUCGCAUAUUCCCGCAAAUGUACGAGACAAUCUUCCAGUAGAAGACAACUACCAAGUGUUUCGGAGCUUAACAAAGCAGGCUGAUGUAACUCCUGCAGGCCAAAGAAGCAGCAUAAAAGACGACCGGGCGAUCAAAGAUUUCUCUAAAGGCGACGACUGUACACCUGAAAGCUUACAAGAUAGGCUUUUAGUGGAUGACCACUACAAAGUCAUUCAGUCCUCGCCGAAGUUGUGUGAUAAAUUCUCGGAACAUAAAGGGAUCAAGAAAAAAGGUUUGGAGACGGCUUUUGAGAUGUCUCUACCUGUAAUGCCCGGAGGCCGCUCAGGCCCAGAACCAGCAGCGUCGACUGAACAUGUUCACAGACACCUCCCUGAGCCCCAAAUGCCUUUUUUGCCAAUAAUCUCGACUGACCUCAGAAAUGACAUUAUCACAGAGAGUGGCUACAAAAUUAUAUAGUGUGGAACUAAAUGCCGUCAUUACUUUGUCAAAUAUGGUCUUGUGUAUUUCUAUACUAAAAUGAAAUGGGUUGUUCCUUAAGAAUGAGUUGAGCCUGUUCACUAAAUGUCGAUGAAAUUAGAACCUCCCAGGGAGAGGAAAAAGUUAGGCAUUGCUUUUUCUGUCGUUUGGUUGGACUUAAUGUAAUCAACAUCAUUAAAAUAUGUUUUUGUAUAUGUUGUUGAUAUUAUUGUACAGUACAAAUCUGCCAAUAAAGUUGCACAAAUUUGGAGAAAAA